CAUUAGCUACAAAAAAAAUAGAACGCAAGAAUUUUUGACAACAUGUCGGACAACGAGGAUUUACUCGGCGAUGACUUAGGAGAUCACAGUCUAGCUGACUAUAACCUUGGCAAUGAGGAGGAAGAACAACUUUUGGCUGACGAUUACGACGGGGGCCCAUCUCAAAAUGUACCAACAGCCAAUGCUUACAGAGAACAAGCAGAAGUGGUUCCGGCAGAAUAUUCUUCAGGAACAUUGGAGUACUCUCAGCCAUCUUACACUGCACCUGACUCCGAAAGUGUUGUACCGAAUAUUAUGGUAGAAGUUCCAAACACAAAGUCUUACACUCCGUACAGGGAUACAUUUGAACAAGAGCAAGCUGUACCACCAGCCAUUCCAGCGACACCGAUUGAAUCACCGCAGAUUGUGCCAUCGGAAGCGACAGAGACUCCAAAUGUCGAGAAUCAGGAAAGAACGGCUGAAAAUCGUUCACAGAGAUCUGCAUUACCAAGAAAUAUACCGGAUUCAUUAGAUAAAGUGUUCGUUCCGAACAGUUUUCCCGGUAGGGGGCGCGCCUGGCGUAACCCGAACAGGUCCUAUAAACCUUACAGACGAUACAAUUACAGGGGAAAUUUCAACAAUCCAAGACCUGCGUUUGCACCGCCGAUGCGACCUCAGAACAUAAAUCCACAAAUAAGGCCAGAUAUACCGGACAUACGCCCCGACAUACCAAUGGGACCGGAGAUCUCACCGGAAAGACCAAUUCUAUCACAGGAACUGCCUAUGGACGGGCCAUAUAACCAGAACUUCCAAAAUUUCCAAUUCAGACCCAACACCGACAGUAGGCCGGAAAUGGCCAACGUUCUGCCAAAUCCUGGACCAAUGUUCUACCAACGUCCAACCUACAACCCAAGGUUUCCGCCAAUGCGCGAGAUCAUCAACACCAAUCAAAUGCCACAAGUGACAAUCCGCCAGCCGAUGCCGAUGCCAAUGCCGGUCAAGGAACCGGAAGUGAGAAUGCUACCAGUGCCACUGCCGCCAAACUUACCACCUGGGAAGAAGGUUUUGAUCAAUCCGCACUUCAAAGGGAAUUUUCAACCUCCCGUCGAAGGGCUCGCCUACAUACCGACUCGGAUCAUUAAGACACCGCCGGUUAGUCCUACUUUGGAAGCGAAAUUCGGUCCAUCGUUGCCAGUAGAUGAGGCCGCUGAAAGGUUUAUAGCUGAACAAAGACAAGCAUUGGCAAGGGCAGCGGCAAGGAAUAGAGAACCAAUGAGGUAUAUAGAAAAUACGACUAUUGAGAUCGAGAACGAGCUGGCGCGGUCCAGCCGAAGGUCUGAUGAUGAUCUGCUUAGGAGACAGGAAGAAUUCAUCAACGCUAACAGGGCUGGUCUCAGGAGACGGAUGCGGUCACCGUCCCCUCGUCGCAGCCCUGAACGUGCACGGAGCCCUGAUAGACGAAGAACAGAUGAGCAGGAAAGUGAUUAUAGACGUCGCGUAAGAGAGCAGGAGACGUUAAGAGAGAGAGUUUUACGUGCUAAGGAAGUUAGGAGGAGAAAAAAUGCUGUCGCGUUACAAAGGAGAUUGUCUGAUAAAGACAAAGAUCAGGAGAAAGAAGUUAAAAUAGAAGAGAAGAAAGACGUCAAGCCGGCGGUGUUACCAGAACAGAAUAUACCAGAUACAACAAGGAAGACUCCGGAGAAGAUGGAGAAGGUUGAUAAGGCGGAGAAAACGGAGAAAGUGAUCAAAACGGAGAAGAUCGAUAAGAGAGAUCGCUCACCGAUCAAAGUCGAACGUACAGAGGCUAAUUCAACUUGUGACACCUUGACCCCCCCACCACUAACGCCCCCCCUACCACGAGACAGCGACGACGACCUCGAUCUCAUACUAGACGACAUAGAUGAUAUACUAUCAGACGAAGACAGCGGGAGAUUCAAAGAAAAAAACAAAGUUGAAACACCAAAACCAUCCCAAGUGGAUCUCCGGUCUAAACUACCUCCCCGUGAGAGCAAACCCAGACAGAAGAUUGUGUUUGACAAGGGUGAUAAGAAAGAGAAAUCCCCGACGCGAAGGACGAUAGUGACGGGCGCUAAUAAAAAUAAUGCAAACGAGAAGAACGAGAGCAAAACUGUUAAGGCUAAAACCAAACAAAAGCCGGAAUCGACCAACACAGCCGCGCCUAGAGCGAGACAGAAGAUCGUAUACUGUGACAAACUGACACAGAAGCAGGAUAAGGACAAACGCGAGACGGAAAAACCUAAAUCACAAUUCACCAACCGGCGCGUCAUACUACAGAAUAAGAUACAGCCGAACGAUAAACCGUCCAGCCGGCUACAGCCUACUGAUAAAUCGUUUAGCCGGCUACAGCCGGGCGGCAUAUUCAGCCGGGCGGUAACAGCCAUCGGUACAGCCAAGCCGGAUAUAGAAUAUGAAAGUUCCGAUGAAGACGUUAAAGUGAAAAAUGAAACUGGUCUUAUAGCGGUCGUAGAAAACUUACCUUACGGUAUGACGGACACGAGAUUAAAAACCUUGGCCGGAGAUAUACAGAACCUUAUAUUGGAUAAAGAGGAUAGAUCGGCCCGGAUAACGUUCAAGAAUAACAAGGAUGCUGAAGUGUUUUAUAAGAAAUUCAACAAGAAAAUGGUCGCUGCCAGCAGGCUUAGUGUUACACUUAAAUAAUGUAUUGUGACGGCUUGAUAUAUAGCUAUUGUGUAUCAAUAAAAAUAUCAUGUAUAUAUAUAUAUAUGAAUAUAUAUAUAUAUAUAUAUAUAUAUAUUAAUUUAAUCUCACAUAUGUUGAAAAGAUUUAAUAAAAAUCUAUAGCAUUUUUGUAUGUGACUCAUAUAACAAAUUUUAUAUAUAAACUAUGAUAAUUAUAUCUUUUGAAAUAUAAAAAUUACAUUUAAAA